AUGAAUAUUCUCAUAAUAGCUGUCUUCAUCUCCCUUCUCAUCCUAACCCCCUUCACGGAAUGUGGCGGCCAAAAUAGUAAUACUAGCCCUACAGUCACCCUAAUUCGCCGGGACUCGUCCCUCUCCUCCACUCAUCAGCUCUCCGCACAAACGCCAUUGCCCAACCCCACUAUCUCGAACUCGGGAGGCGAUUAUCUCGUCAAUUACUCAAUCGGCUCAUUCUCUACCUCAGGCAUGCCCGACACUGGAAGUGACCUCAUCUGGGCCCCAUGCAGCAGUCCAGCUAGCUUCUCGACUCCCGUCCCGUGCACCCCUACCAUCUGCGACGACCUCACCAAGUGUAACCCAGUAGGAAACAAAUGCAACUUCACCAUGCAAUAUUUUGACGGGACUAUUGCCACGGGUGACCUCUUUGCGGACACCAUCACGUUCGACAGAACCUCGGUGAGUAACAUCACGUUCGGAUGCGAUUACACGGGCUACACUUCUGGCAUGGUUGGGCUCGGGCGCGGAGAGCUGUCGCUCGUGAAUCAGACUGCCGUGACUAAGUGGGCAACGCAAGAGGCACAGCUGAUGCCAGUGCAGCCCCCAAGUAAUUGGAACAUAGAUUUGUGCUUCAACACUACUGACAAGGACUUGAGCGCUAGUUUUCCAGGUGUCACAGUUUACAUGGGCGGGAAAUCCGUGACUUUGGGGUACAACAAUGUUUUGGUAAAUGUAGGUUCAAGUGAUGAUGGCGGCCGGAUGUUUUUGUGCAUGGCGGUUAUUCCGUCAACUAACGGAAUACCCCAAUACGGCAACCUGGCACAGACCGACUUUUUGGUGGGGAUCGACCUCAAGCAAAACACUAUUUCCUUUAAGAACACCACAUGUGGUAGCUAG